UCGCUAAACUUACGAGAUUUAUCCGAAAUUAAGAGAAGAAAAACCAAGAAAAAAUUUAAGCGAUGGGUCGUAAGUCGAAAAGUAAGGGCCAGUCGCAGAGCGCAAAGACUUUAAAUAAAGCGAAGAAAGAUAAAAAUGUUUUUAAAGUCUCGGAUAAGAAUCAUUCUAAAAAGGCCAAACAAGUGCGCGGUAAUUUAAAAAAGAUAAAAGAUGAGGUGAAUAAAAAACAAGAAAAAUCUGAUGAGGCGCUUAAAGAGCUGCAUAAGGAGUUAGUUAUGAAGAAGCCAAAGAAAUCUCAAGCUCGUCCCCUAAAAUCAGCCAAAAAGCCAGCUUCAGCGAAUAGCGCGAAUGUCUCGGCCGAAUUGAAAAAUUUGAAAUUCUAGUAAAAGCUUGAAUACCUAUGGGGUCUGGAGACAGAUGAGAAAUAUUCAAUUUCCCAAACUUUUGUUGUAGUCAUUAAAUAUAUCAAUCAAUUGAAAAAACUAACUAGUGUUAGCAAUCAGUUUAUUUGCCUUGUACAAGCUGUUCAUAAAAAUUUUAACCUGACGUUGUAAAAAUAACUACAUUUCCUAGAAAAAUCAUUUUAAUUUGUGUACAGUAA